AUGGAGUUAGACGAUGUUGAGGCCGUAGCCGUAGCUUACGCUUUAUAUAAACGCCAUCAAAAAGCAAAAAAGCAGAAAAGCUACAAUAGGCGCUAUUGGGUGCAUCCAAUUAACCUGAAGAGGCCUCAAGAAGGACAAUUUCAGGUAAAUUUUAUGUCAUUGAGAGCUCAUCCAGAAGAAUUCACGAAGUACUACAGGAUGUCUAUCCCAACAUUCGAUGAAUUAAUUUCACUUGUUAGGCCUUAUCUCACAAGACAAGUUACUAAUAUGCGUAGUCCAAUAUCAGAAGAAGAACGAUUAACCAUAACUUUGAGAUAUUUAGCAACUGGAACGCAUUUCUCAUCUCUGCAUUUUGAAUUUCUGGCGGGAGUGUCUACUAUAGCUAUGAUUGUGCGGGAAACUUGUGAAGUUUUAUGGGAAGUAUUACAACCUAAAGAAAUGGCGGAACCGACAACAGACGACUGGAAAGAUGUUGCAAAAGGUUUUUUUGAAAAAACGCAAUUUCCAAAUACUGUUGGUGCCGUGGAUGGUAAACAUAAUAUACGACUUGAGUGCCCAAAAAAUAGUGGAUCAUUGUAUUACAAUUAUAAGCAUUUUUUUUCAUUAAUUCUCAUGGCUAUUUGCGACUCUAACUACUGCUUUAGAGUAAUUGAUGUGGGUUCUUACGGGAAGGAGAGUGACUGCAAUGUCUUCAAAACAUCUGCAUUUGGCAAAAAACUUUACACAAACAGAACCAACUUUCCAGAAAAUCAAUGCUUACCAAAUGACAAUCUUGGAGUGCCACAACCAUUUGUGUUAGUGGCUGAUGAAGCAUUUGCUCUGCAUAAAAAUUUAUUGAGGCCGUUUCCAGGAAGAAGUUUAAAUGACCAGAGAAGAAUAUUUAAUUACAGAUUAUCUAGAGCCCAUCAGUAUAUUGAAUGUUCCUUUGGUAUUAUGUCAAAAAAGUGGAGGGUUUUCCAGACCAGCAUGCUUGUAGAACCAGAAACUGCGGUUAAAAUCACAAAAGCCUGCUGUGUACUUCAUAAUUUUGUGCGACGGCGUGAUGGGUUUAACACUGAAGACACCCAAAGUUCCAUGCAAAGCAUAACUGAAAGAAGGGGGGUGGGAAACUCUCCAACCAAUGCUAAAGAUGUCAGAGAGUACUUUGUGCAAUAUGUUAAUGAUACAAACCAUGCGCUUGACUGGCAAACCAAUGUCAUUUGUCAUUAG